GUUUUUCCGCGCUUUUUGCACGCCUAACAAAACGUCGACCCGCACCGCCACCUAUUAAAAGUAUAAAUUAUUUCAAUUUAUUUACAAUGCCAUGCACACGAUAGUCAACAAUGUCAACUUCGCAUUCUGUAAUCCGUUCCCUCUUGUGAACGUGCACUUAGAGGACGUCCUCUUUGGGUCUUGGGUGACUAGUGGGCACUUAACGGUAAAACUUCGUGGUUGUGCGUCGCAACGCCAUAUACUCCUGUCAUAACUAGUCCGUCGUUACAUACGUGGUGCAUAGUUUGCACUAUACCGUUGUCACUUCUCAAUUUUCGUACUGCUCUCUGCACCCGAACCUCCGUGCCCCACAGUUGUUCAGUGUGUUUUUUCGCGCUUCCUUGACAUUUAGUAUUACACCGGUUGUGCUUGACGUUUUACGAAUUUUUUUGACCGGAAGAAUAAUAAAUCAUGAAAUACAUUUUGGUCACCGGCGGUGUCAUGAGCGGCGUGGGCAAAGGCAUUAUCGCCUCGUCCAUCGGCACGCUUCUGAAGUCCUGCGGCGUCCACGUGACGUCCAUUAAGAUCGAUCCGUAUCUGAACAUAGACGCUGGGACAUUCUCGCCUUAUGAACACGGUGAAGUAUAUGUGUUGGAUGAUGGUGGUGAAGUUGAUUUAGAUUUAGGCAACUAUGAACGGUUUCUAGAUGUCACUUUACAUAGCCAGAACAACAUUACGACUGGCAAAAUAUAUCAGGAAGUUAUCAAUCGGGAAAGACGUGGCGAUUACUUAGGAAAAACAGUCCAAGUUAUACCCCAUAUUACGGAUGCAAUACAAGAAUGGGUUGAACGUGUGGCCAAACAACCAGUAAGCGAUGAUAAAGUAGAACCUGACGUUUGUGUUGUUGAACUUGGUGGCACAAUUGGUGAUAUAGAAAGUAUGCCAUUUGUUGAAGCUUUUAGACAAUUUCAAUUUAAAGUUAAAAAAGAAAAUUUUGUGUGUGCCCAUGUUUCAUUUAUUCUUCAGCCUGGUGCAACUGGAGAUGACAAAACAAAACCAACUCAAUCAAGUGUUCGUGAACUAAGAGGUUUAGGUUUAACACCGGAUCUUGUUAUUUGUAGAAGUACAAAACCAUGUUCUAAUGUUGAACAAGUUAAAAGAAAAAUAUCAACUUUCUGUGAUGUAGCUUCAAGACAGGUACUGUUUAUGCAUGAUUUGGAUUCAAUAUAUAAAGUGCCUUUAUUUAUGGAAAAUCAAGGUGCUUUAGAAUUUUUACAAGAUCGUUUAAAUUUUCCUAUAAAUGUGGCUUAUAAUCGGAUUUUUAUGAAACAAUGGAAAAAACUAUCUGACAAAAUUGACAACUCUCAAAAAAUAAUAAAAAUAGCUUUAGUUGGAAAAUAUACACAACUUACUGAUGCAUAUGCAUCAGUUUCUAGAUCUUUGAUCCAUGCUGCUGCUCAUAUCAACCAUAAAGUGGCUAUUACAUAUGUCGAAGCUGCAAAUCUUGAAACGGAAACUAAAUUAUCAAAUCCAGUUGAUUACCAUGAAGCAUGGCAGAAAUUAUGCCGUAGUGAUGGUGUAAUUGUACCUGGAGGUUUUGGUACAAGAGGCGUUGAAGGUAAAAUAGAAGCAUGUAAAUGGUGUCGAGAAAAUCGUAAACCAUUUUUGGGAAUUUGCCUCGGUCUGCAAGUUGCUGUUAUUGAAUUUGCUAGAAAUGUAUUGCACUUGGAAAAUGCUGAUACUACUGAAAUAGAUUCAAAUACCAUGUAUCCAUUGAUAAUUGAAAUGCCUGAACAUUGUCCUGAAAAUAAAGGCGGAACAAUGAGGCUUGGUAAAAGAACUACUGUCUUCAAAAAAGGAAAUUCAUCUGUUAUACAUAAACUCUAUGGUGGACUUGAAGUAAUUGAAGAAAGGCAUCGACAUCGUUAUGAAGUAAAUAUUGAUUUUGUAGAACGUCUAGAAAAGGCUGGUUUAAAAUUUGUUGGAACCGAUACAGAAAAAGUUAGAAUGGAAAUAUGUGAACUUGAUGAUCAUCCUUAUUAUGUGGCUACACAAUUCCAUCCAGAAUAUUUAACCAGGCCUUUAAAACCAUCACCUCCAUUUUUAGGUUUAAUGUUAGCUUCUAGUGGCAAACUUAAAUCAUAUCUUAAUAAUGAAUGUCGGUUUACUCCAGACGAAAGCUGUUCAGAAGAUGAAUGCAAUGAUGUAUCAUUCAAACUUCAAGAUCUUAUGACUCAAUCAAAUACCAACAAUAAAUCUGAAUGAGAUUCAGUUGUACAGUGUAAUUCAAAUAUUAAUAUGUUUUUGUAUUGUUUGAACUUGUAACCAUUGAUACAAUCAUUAAACAUUUAGUUGUUUAUUAAUUAAUUAACAAUUUUUGAUUUACUUAGAGCAUUGAAUUUUUCUUAUUUUUAUAAUAUUGUUUUGUAUCGAAAAAUAGG